AUGUGCAGAACAGACCAAUUACUAGAUCAAUUCCAUGAACGAUUGAGUAAUGAUUGUCAACAUGUUGAACGCACUAUAUGCGACAAAUGUAUUUAUAAAAAUGGAAAAUCUCAACUUGAAAAUUCAUCUUCGAUUGAAAUAAAUUGUCCAGAACCAAACUGCACAGCUAAAUUUAAUCUUAAACAAAUUCGUCAAAUGAUUCAAACUGUUAAUAAAAUUGAAUCCGUCGAAACUAGUGAUCGUCAUUCAAAGGGUCAUACUCAUGAACGAAAGACUGAAUUCAUUUUAUGUGCUCAUGACGAAUGUGGUUCAGGACAAUUUCAUAUUUUAGCUCAAAAUUCUUCUCCAAUAGUAACAUGUAUUCUAUGUAAACAACAAACAUGUGCUCUACAUCGUAUUAAAUGGCAUAAAGGUCUUACAUGUGAAGAAUAUGAUAAACAAAAACAACAAAAACAACAACAACAACAACAAGCUAUUGAAAAUGAAAAAAAACAGUGUCCAAAAUGUCAAUAUAUAAAUGAAAUAAAUUUAAAUAAUGAUCGUACAAUAUGUUCAAUGUGUAAAUAUGAAUAUUGUCCUGAAUGUAAAACAGAUUAUAAAGAAAUUCAACGAAUUGGUCUUAAUCAUCAUAAAACAACAUGUAGUCGUUAUGAUAACAAUCCAAAAAAGAAAACAUCUAAAUCAAGUGCUUGUACAAUACUAUAG